AUGGCUAAGAAGACUUCUGGAGAAAAUUCUAAAAAGGCUCAAGGAAAUGCACGUAAAGCAGAACAAGCAAAUAAGAAAAAACAAGAACAACUCGACAAAUUAGAACAAGAAGAAGCUGCUCAAUGGGAUCAAGGUUCAAAGAAAGGAAAUAAAAAAAAGGAAGAUGAACAAUUUAAAAAAGAAGAAGCAGCAAGAAAGAAAGCUGAAAGAGAUGCUUUAUUAGCUGCUGAAGAAGCAAGUUUACCUUCAAAAGCAACAAAACUGAAAAAUAGAGGUAGUGAAAAAAUAGCAGCUAAAAGAACAGGUAAAAUUGAUGAUUUCUUAGAUUUCAACAAGGAUAUUCCUGAAUUAUCAGCCAGUGGAUUAGAUAAUGCUUUAGAAGCAUUAUCUUUAACUUCUCAAGGUGGUGGUGUUGAAAAUAAAGAUUUAGAUAAACAUCCAGAAAGAAGAGUCAAAGCUGCAUUUAAAGCAUUUGAAGAUAGAAGAUUACCAGAAGUAAGAAAAGAAAAUCCAGGAUUGAGAUUAAAUCAAAUUAAGAAUCUUUUAUUUAAAGAAUUUCAAAAACUGCCAGAAAAUCCAAUGAAUCAAGAAACAAAUAUUAGUUAUAAGGCAACAAAAGAAGAUAUAUUGAAUAAGAAGAAAGAAGUUAGAGAAUCCAGAGAAAGUAAAUUCAACUAA